UCAGCACACGCCGCUCAAAACCCUCGUCUCCACCGCGCCGCUUCCGGCGGCGGCCAUGGACACAAUGCUGUCGCCCGUUCCUAUAAAAUCCAAGAUGGCGGCCGGGUUCCGGCGCCUACGCAUCGACCCGGACGAGGCAAACGGACUCUUCCGGCGGGCGACGGCGGCGGCCAUUGCCACCCUAGGGCUGCUUGCGCCAAUAUUCGCGGUGGCGAACCACUUCCUGAACGGGUGCGAAAAUUUCUUCACCCGCUUCUUCUUCCCCACCCCGCCCGUCGACCACGCCAGCCGCCUCCCCGACGCGCUCCUCGGCAACAUCGUCUCCCGCCUCCCCGUCAAGGACGCCGCGCGCACGGCCGCACUCUCCCGCCGCUGGCGCGGGGUCUGGCGUUCCACCCCGCUCGUCCUCACCUCCGCCGACCUCCUCCCCGCCACCUCCGCCGUGUCCAGCGUCCUAGCCGCGCACCCGGGCCCCUUCCGCUGCGUCCACCUCACCAGCGCCCGCAUGCCGGAGUUCCACGGCCUGCUCCAGAUCCUCGCCACCAAGGGCGCCCAGGAGCUCCUGCUCGUCAACGGCCGGUGGCCGCACGUCCUCGUUCUGCCCUCCACCUUCCUACGCAUGGCCACCCUCACCCGGCUCUACCUCGGCCUGUGGAAGUUCCCCGACACGGCCGCCGUCCCGCGCGCCUCCUUUUUCCCCAACCUCCUCGAGCUCGGCCUCUGCAGCGUCGCCAUGGAGAACAGGGAUUUGGACUUCAUCCUCGACAGGAGCCCCGUGCUGGAGACGCUCUGUGUACAAGGGGACAUGUUGCGUCUCCGUCUCUGCCUUGUCAGCCAAAGCCUCCGGUGCGUGCAGAUCAUCGGCUCAUUUGAAGAAAUCUUCGUGGUCUAUGCCCCGCACCUUGAGCGGCUCAUCCAUUCCCAAGGUAACAAAGCUUCAUAUCAAAACAAAAAUGGUACCCCUGAUGUGACCUGCACCAAGGUCAGGAUUGGCCAUUCCCCCAGCUGCACUUGUUGGGAUACUUGGAGUUGGACGCAGGAAAGCACAGCUGGGACAAGGGUGAGCCCGAGAACCAUGGUACCAAGUCUGAGAAUCCUGGCUAUGGAGGUGCGAUUUGAUAUCCGCAAUGAUGCCAAGAUGAUUCCCAGCGUCCUCAGAUGCUUUCCGAAAGUUGAGACACUCCACAUCAAGUCUGGAAAAACGCAUCAAUCCACUGGCAAGCUCAACCUCAAAUUCUGGCACGAGUCUGGUAGUACCAUAGAAUGCAUCCAUUCGUGCAUCAAGCGUCUCGUUUUCCGUGAUUUCCAAGGGGGCAGGAGCGAGCUUGCCUUCCUCAAAUAUUUCUUCGAGAGCGCGUUGGUGCUGCAGGAGGUGGUGAUUCUGUUGGCCGCUGGUUUGGCUUCGAUGGAAGAGGUGCGUUCCAAAGUGGAGAGCCUAGUGCCCAUGAGACGGGCCAGUGGAGCCUUCUCACUGCUGUUCAAUGUCUCUUCUGAUCCCCAAGAAGAUUACAUUCAGAGCUUCAAAAGAGGAUCUGAUUUUUCUCUUCGCAACCCUUUUGCCAACUACUGAAGUCACACCAGGUGCCAAUGUAUUUCAUCAUGCAAACUGGACUGCUCGGAAUUUUAUUUUAAUGUUUUCCCUCGCUCCACAAUGUACAUGCAAGCCACUGUUAUAGAUUUCAUUCAAUGUUCUGUCUCGCUCC